AUGCCUAUGCUCCUCACAGGCUCCUGCCACUGCCGCAAGGUCAAGUACACGCUCGAGACCAACACGCCUGUCCCGUACCAGAUGUGCCAGUGCUCGAUCUGCCGCAAGGUCGGCGGCUACAUGGGCAGUGUGAACAUCAUGGGCAACACGCCCACGCUCAAGUUUCUUCGUGGGGACGAGUUGAUCAAGUACGUCUCCUUGGGAUGGGCUGAUGGAAGCAAGUAUAUACCGGUAUUGGAGUUUGGGCCCGACGACAAGCCGCAGAAGAUGGCGACGAGCGAACGCGUCUUCUGUCGCGAGUGUAGCGCCGCGCUGUGGAACUACCAUCCGGAAUAUCCCGAGUGGAUCUACCCGUUCGCCUCGUCGAUCGAGACCGAACUACCCAAGCCCGACGUAAAGUACUUUACAAUCCUCCGGACAAGCUGUCCAGACUACGUUCCCACGCCAGUAGGCUUUGACGUAUAUGACGACUACGGCCCGGCGGCGGGCGGUAGUAUUGAGAGCUGGCACAAGAAGAACGGGUGCUGGGUCGAGUAG